CCAGUUGUAUUUCGUUAUCUAAUACAGUUUAUCAGAUUCAGAGCACUCAUCUAGUACAUUUCCAGUUGCGUUAGUUUAUAUUGCCAUCCAAUCCCAUUCCAAGUGCCAUAAAGUACAGUAGUCCAUACAGGUCCUGGAAUGAUAUUGGUUCAUAAAAUGCUUGUCGACCACUUGCCUUAUCUCAGCAGAAUAUAAUACAUGUGAGUGCAUGUGUCCUUAUUGGGAUGAUAUUCACAAAAUACAGGACAUACCAGAAUAGGGGACUUUCUUGCCGGCUUGUUGAUGCUACAAAUCGACCAGAGUGGGUACUAAAAUCCUGACAAGUGACUCCUCCGCACCGAGAGAGGGGGUGCCUGGGUGGUUUCUGAGUCCAAGCCAUCAUAAACACCUCUGCCCCUGGCCAUAGAGCGAGAGGAUGCAGCACUCGCCAUAGUGACAUGGAACUCUGGUGACCACGCAGGUGGAAGCAAUGCCCGAAAUUAACAGAUAAAUGAGACAGAAAGAGGCAGGCUGCGGAUGCAGAUAACACCACGACACGACGCCUCCGUCAACAAGAUUUACUGUGAAGUGUGGCUACGGAGGAGGGUGUGUGGGGAAGGUGGGUUAACAGCCAGUCGUAAAGAACCGGGGGAGGGGUUGCCUCAUAGGGAGAAACAAGGGAGAACGGGAGGAGAGAAAGAAAAAGAGAGAGAAAGAGAGAGUGAGCAAGAAAGGGACGUAGAUAAAGCCUGAACCGGCAUCAUGAGCUGUGCACUGCCCUACGACUCCUUGCCCGCUCGGCUGAGCCCCAGGCGAGCGGUGAACUGGGAACGUGAGCAGCUAGCGGCGCGGAGGCUCUCCUCUCCCAGAGGGCUGAGCCUCCUCAACCCUUCUACUGGGCUUCGGCGGCACUCGGCACUCCCCGGGUACAUGCUCUCGUCCUUCCAGGAGCAGCAACACCAGGAGCACCAGGAACAGCUGCAGCAACAGCGCCCCUCAUUGUCCCUGUGCUCCGAGGCCUCCAUGGCGCCCCCUGCUCCCCGCGUGGGUGGACCCCUGCCCUGCUGCCGGCCAGUGGGCGUCAUGCCCCUGCUGCGCCUGGCCCUGCUGGCCUUCAGCUGCCUCUUUUGGGCAGCCGGUCUGGCCAUCUUCACCUUGGGCGUGUGGGCCCAGGUUUCGCUGGCCGACUACAUGCUGCUGUCGGCCAACCGCUACCCCAAUGCCCCGCUCAUCCUUCUGGCCACGGGGGCCACCGUCACAGCCUGGGGCUUCCUGGGCUGUCUGGGAGUGGCCGCCAACCUACCCUUUGUUCUGCGGGCAUACGGCUUCAUCCAGUUGGCGGCACUGAUGGCAGGGCUAGCCGCCGGCCUCUCGGGCCUGUUUUACCGCGAGGACAUCGCCGGAGGGUUCCGUAGCGGACUGCAGCAGGCAGUGGCGGGCUAUGGCGAAGAUGAGGGCCGCUCCAACGCUCUGGAUAGCCUGCAGAGGGCACUAGAGUGCUGUGGGGCCGAGGGCUGGCGUGAUUGGCUGACCUCCGACUGGGCCAAUCAGGACGCAGCCUUCUCGCCCAUGGGCAACGGCUCCUCUGUGUCGCUACCCGACAGCUGCUGCAUGCAACGCAAGGGCUGCAGAAACCGACCCUUGCCAGCAGUGGGCAGUGAAGGGGUGGCGGUUGCUGGGAUCCAUCCCCACGGAUGUUUCCGGAAGGUGUUCAGUUUCGUCAAUGAUAACGUCUUCCACAUUGCUGCCACCGUGCUGGGGCUAGCCUUCACCCAGAUAGGUGGCAUCGCCCUGGCCUGUCUACUAGCUAACCGCCUGCAACCAAGACUACACCGACCAGUCGCACACUAAUAAAGAGAGUGGGCAAUACUGGACCUUGACUAGGGAUCAACCAA